AUUCCGGCCAAUCGAUAUAUAAACCCAUCGAUCGUCGCAUUUGGAAGAUAGCAUAUCCCCUCAAUUGCUUCCCUACACCACCUAACCUUGCAGCAAGCAACACAAAACGUUUACUUCUCGUUUUGCUCGGCAAGUCUUCUCUGCCUCAUCAGCUCGCUUCGAUCGAAAUGGCGUCCCCGUCGACGUGCACGGGGGCGCAGCAUCCCCUGAGGCUCCGAGACGUCAUCGAGCGUGACGAUGAGGACGACGACCUUAUCGAGGAGCGCGAGGAGGAAGAGGAGGAGGAGGACUGGGAGAUGAGCAGGCGCAUGUCCCGCCUGUCCAUGGAAGGCUCCGACGGCGGCGACGCCGACGACGAGGGCGACGGGUACCGCCAUGGCGACGGCGACGAGGAGGCGGAGGCGGAGGACGACGACGACGAGUUCGAGGUGAGAUCGGACGUCGACGGCGCGCACCGCCCGUGGCCUCCGUACGACGACGCAAAGGCCCCGCCAUCGGCCUCGCUCCCGGGCACACCGGACCGCGCGGCGCAAGCGGCGCAGUCGCCGUGGUGGCCCGGGCCGUCGAGCACCAAGGAGUACGCGAGCGAGACGGAGGCGCGCUGGCCGGACGGCGGGAGGCGGCGGCAGCGGCACCACCGGCGGGAGCGGAUGAUGCGGGAGGUGUGGCUGGAGCGCGCGUGGCGGUUGCGGAAGCAGCGACGGCAGCUUCAGGAGGAGGUGCCGGUGGUGGUUCUUGGCGGCGGGGGCGGGGAGUCCCCGGCGGCUCGGGGCGGCGUGGCGAUGGACAUGGAGGAGGUCCGCGCGUGCAGGGACCUGGGCCUGGACCUCCCCUGCGACUGGACGGUGGAGAUCCCUUGCUACGCGCUCUCCGGCGUCGACACCGCCAGCAGCGGCGGCAACUCCCCGGCCUCCGGCAGCUGGCGCAUCUCCAGCCCCGGGGACGAUCCCAAGGACGUGAAGGCGAGGCUCAAGGUCUGGGCGCAGGCGGUGGCGCUCGCAUCUGCGUCUCGUCUCGGCUCCUGAAGAUCUGUGAUAUGCUAUGCAUGCACGCGUGAUUUGAGUUUGGGUUCCAAGCAGCUAGGAAUCGACAGGACACCAUGCAUGCACAUCUCCAAGACGUACAGACACUCUCUUCUCCACCUUUUACAUGCAUGGUCUUCCCAUUUCAUCUCAUCUCAAAAAGCAAAAAAAAAAAAAAAGUCGUCUGUUGGGAGCAGAACAACAGUUGAUUCUGCCAACGCUUGUGUGUCCGCUGUACAUAAGCGUCUUCCAGAAGCAAGUGUGUGUAUGUGUGUGUUCUCACGGCCAUAGCUAGGGUCAGCAUACAUGGUUUGGUCAGGGAGCUCGAGCUAGCCGCCGUGCACAGCGCGCACGCGUCGCCCCGGGCGGUGUGUUUUCGCAUCGCAUGAUUGUUGUACGAGCAGUAAGAGCGCUGGUGAAGAAAACAAGACGUGUUUUUCCGUGGAUGAAAUCUGUUGUUUGGCAAGAGGGGAGUACGGCGACCCAAACCGGCUGCAGCUUUUACGGGUGUUCUUCGUUCACGUGUUGUGUUCUGGUAGUACACUAGGGAGAGAGACUGGAGAGAAAAAAAAAAAGAAAAAAAAAUAGAGGGAACAGGUUCCUGCAAAAGGGUUUCUAGAAGAAUGUUUCAUGUACUAGCAUCUGCUGUGUUAAGUAUUCUGUAGUCCACUGGAAUUGCAGUUUUCCUCUCUUUUUUUUCCCUAGCCCAAAUGUAUGUGUGCAUUAGAUGGAUGGGGUAUUUUUCUUGGGGUGCCUGAAAUGCAAAGUCUGAUACUAUUAACUCUCACUCCCAGCGACGAAAGAAGACUGACCAUAUUUCAUCUGGCACUUUACUAGGCCUAUUCAUUGUUAUUGUAAGAUUUCUCCACAU